CCAAAAACAAACCUAAAAAGGAACUGUAAAAACCCUAGAGUUGUAGGCCAUAUAUAUUUGUUAAAUUUGCUAGUUUCAGUCUGCCGCUUCCGUCCUCUUAUUAUAUAUAAACCCUAAGUUAGGUGCAGGGAAAAGAGAGAUGGCGGCAGUUCCUGGACAGUUGAUUUGGGAGGUAGUGAAGAAGAACAAUUGCUUUUUGAUGAGGCAGUUUGGAAGAGGAACUGCUAGCCUUCAGUUCAGCAAAGAGCCCAACAAUCUCUACAACCUCCACUCCUACAAACACUCUGGGUUGGCAAACAAGAAAACAGUCACCAUUCAAAGUGGGGGCAAAGACCAGUCUGUGCUGCUAGCAACCACCAAGACUAAGAAGCAGAACAAGCCUUCGACCUUGCUUCACAAGUCCUUUAUGAAAAAGGAGUUCCCCAGGAUGGCCAAGGCGGUCAAAAACCAGGUGACAGACAACUACUACAGGCCAGAUUUAACAAAAGCAGCCCUUGCUAGGUUGAGUGCUGUGCACAGGAGUCUAAAGGUAGCCAAGUCUGGUGUUAAGAAGAGGAACAGGCAAGCAUUGAAGGUUCGUGGCUGGAAGUGAGCUAGACCUUUCAGGUUGUAUGAGCUCUGCUAUUUUCAUUGCCCCAGACAAUUUUUUACUCCUUUUUUGAAUUUGUCUUAUUUUUCAUGGUUUGAACUGAGUUGUUGAAUUUUAUAUCUAGAUAGAUUUUGAAACAACAGAGAUUUGGAGCUAUUUAACCCUUUAAUUUCCCCCUGA